GGCCUCGGCCUCUUCCCCUUAAAUACCCAUAUUUUAGCUCAAACCCUUUUCUCAAUUUUCUUUUGAGAAAAAAAAAAAAAAACUACUCCUCCAUCCUCUUGUCUCUCGGUGACCCCUUUCGCUCCAGUUUCUCCUGGGGGUCGCCCAAAAAUCAGGAAAAAACCAAAAAAAAAAGGAAAAAAACCCCAGAAUUCUCAUUCAAUUCCUAAAUUACUUAUCAAAUCUAUCCCGAAAAAAAUUAGAAAAACCAAAAAAAAUAACAAGUUUUAAUUUUUUCAAAUAAAUUUCAAACAUGUCGGAAAUGGCGAACACGGAUCCCGAAGGGGUGGACGCCGUACGGAUGACGUGGAACGUUUGGCCACGCACCAAAGUCGAAGCCAGCAAGUGCGUGAUUCCGUUGGCUGCUUCAAUCGCUCCGAUCCGCCCUAACCCGGACAUUCCCACCCUCCCUUACGCUCCGCUACGAUGCAAGACCUGUUCCGCCGCGCUUAACGCUUACGCCCGCGUGGACUUCACGGCCAAGAUCUGGAUCUGCCCGUUCUGUUACCAGCGUAACCAUUUUCCGCCUCACUAUGCCAUGAUCUCCGAAACCAACCUCCCUUGCGAACUCUACCCGCAAUAUACCACCGUGCAAUACACGCUCCAAGCGAAUCCCGAUCCAAACAACCCUUCCGGCCCACCUCAAUUGCCGCCGGUUUUUGUGUUCGUAUUGGACACGUGCAUGAUCGAGGAAGAGCUGGCGUUUGUUAAAUCGGCGAUGAAUCAGGCGAUUGGGUUGUUGCCGGAACACGCGCUUGUCGGCUUUGUUUCGUUUGGCACUCAGGCGCAGGUCCACGAAUUGGGGUUCCAGGAUAUGUCGAAGGUCUAUGUUUUCAGGGGUAGUAAGGAGAUUUCCAAGGAGCAGGUUUUAGAGCAGUUGGGCCUCGGUGUUGCUGGGCGGCGGCCAACCCCUGGGUAUCCAAAAGGCCUGCAAAAUGGGUACACAAAUACCGGCGUUAACCGGUUUUUAUUGCCCGCGUCAGAUUGCGAAUACACGCUCAAUUCGUUGUUGGAUGAGUUGCAAACGGAUCAAUGGCCUGUACAACCAGGGCACAGGGCGUCCAGGUGCACUGGAGUGGCCUUGAGUGUUGCAGCAGGAUUGCUUGGAGCUUGCUUGCCUGGUACUGGUGCUAGGAUUGUUGCUUUGGUUGGUGGUCCAUGUACUGAAGGACCGGGCACGAUUGUAUCGAAAGACUUGUCAGAUCCUGUGCGUUCCCAUAAAGAUCUUGACAAAGAUGCUGCCCCAUAUUUUAAGAAAGCAGUCAAAUUUUAUGAUGGUCUUGCGAAACAGCUGGUUAGCCAGGGUCAUGUACUUGACCUUUUUGCGUCUGCACUUGAUCAGGUUGGGGUUGCUGAAAUGAAAGUUGCAGUUGAAAGAACAGGUGGCCUUGUUGUUCUAGCUGAAAGUUUUGGUCAUUCUGUAUUCAAAGACUCUUUCAAGCGUGUGUUUGAGGAUGGGGAACAGUCUCUUGGCCUAUGUUUUAAUGGCAUGCUCGAGAUCAACUGUUCAAAAGACAUCAAGAUUCAGGGGGUCAUUGGACCUUGCACAUCUUUGGAGAAGAAAGGACCGAAUGUCGCUGACACAGUCAUUGGGGAGGGAAACACUACAGUGUGGAAAAUGUGUGGCCUUGACAAGAGUACUUGCUUGACGGUUUUAUUUGAUCUUUCAUCAACUGAGCGAUCAAAUGUUCCCGGAGCUGCAAAUCCACAACUCUAUUUGCAGUUUCUGACAAGUUAUCAAAACCCUGAAGGUAAAACAAUGCUUCGAGUUACUACUGUGACAAGAAGAUGGGUAGACAGUGCUGUUAGUGCAGAGGAACUAGUACAAGGUUUUGAUCAAGAGACUGCAGCUGUUGUAAUGGCAAGAAUAACUUCGCUGAAAAUGGAGACAGAGGAGGGGUUUGAUGCCACACGGUGGUUAGAUCGGAAUCUCAUUCGACUUUGUUCCAAAUUUGGUGACUAUCGGAAGGAUGAUCCAUCAUCUUUUACAUUAAAUCCGUGUUUUUCGUUGUUUCCUCAGUUUAUGUUUAAUCUGCGGCGGUCACAAUUUGUACAGGUUUUUAAUAACAGUCCAGAUGAAACUGCCUAUUUCCGCAUGUUAUUAAACAAGGAAAAUAUUACAAAUGCAGCUGUUAUGAUCCAACCAUCAUUAAUAUCAUAUUCAUUCAAUUCGCUGCCCCAACCAGCAUUAUUGGAUGUGGCUUCCAUUUCAGCUGAUCGUAUUCUCUUGCUGGAUUCAUAUUUCAGUAUUGUUGUUUUCCAUGGUAUGACAAUAGCGCAGUGGCGGAACAUGGGUUACCAGAAUCAGCCUGAACACCAGGCAUUUGCACAGCUUUUGCAAGCACCCCAAGACGAUGCCCUAGUGAUUAUUCGGGAACGCUUCCCUGUCCCUAGAUUGGUUGUGUGUGAUCAGCAUGGAUCCCAGGCACGAUUUUUAUUGGCAAAGUUGAACCCUUCAGCAACAUACAAUAAUGCAAAUGAUAUAGCUGCUGGAUCUGAUGUGAUCUUUACAGAUGAUGUAAGCUUACAAGUCUUCUUUGAGCAUCUUCAGAGGUUGGCUGUGCAAUCUUGAUUGUAGAAAAUAGUUGAAAGACUUGGGUUUUUGGUAUGGGGAAUUCCCUCAAGUGUGAGUUCUGUAUCCUGUCAUACAUCCUCUAUUCCAUUCGGUCAUUUUCCUUUCUUUCCAUCAAUUUUAUGAAUGAGAGGUCGAACCCCACAAUAUUUGAGAAA